GGGAGUUGUUGUUAUUAUCCACGGUCCCAUUCUGCCAACAAAACAACCACUGCUCAUCAGACAUACCACAUCUCCACGCAAUCCAAGCCUGACAAUGUGAAGUCUGUGACACCCGCUUCAACAUAUGAAUCAUUUCUCGCCACAAAUUAAAAGUUGAUAAGGGCCCCUACCUUAGUGAGCAACUCGUAUUGGCUUUAUCUUUGACACGUUUGAUAUCCUCAAGCACCACUCGGACAGGCUUGCUGCAGAGGUACGGUCCAGCUGGUGGCCAUUUUCGACGCGCAUACCGACCCUGCAGAGCAAAAUUCAUAUGGAUAUCAAACCGAUACCUGCAUUCUAUUGUUGCUACCUUCUGCGCUCAACAGUCCGCCACGCCAGCGUUUACGUCGGCUCUAGUCCAGAUCCUGCCCGACGGCUUGGUCAGCACAAUGGCAGAGUCCAGGGUGGUGCUGUACGGACAUCUCGAGCCACACUCCGCCCAUGGGAAGUGACUUGCAUCGUGGCUGGCUUCCCCUCCAACAUCGCCGCCCUCCAAUUCGAAUGGGCCUGGCAGAACUCCCAUCUGACCCGACACAUCACACCUAAUGACCGCAUCUCUUUCGCCACGACGCGCACCAAGACUUCCAGAAGCGGCAAGACAACAAAGAGACCCGGCAGACCGAGAACCUCGUUGAUGGACAAGUUGUCAAAUCUGCACCUGCUGCUCAGAGCAUCUUACUUCUCCAAAUGGCCUCUUGAGGUCCGCUUUUUCAACCAAGAUGCUUACCGGUCCUGGGAAACCUGGUGUGAGCGAGUCGAUACCAACAUUUCCCCUGACAUCAAAGUCCAUUUUGACCCAUCUCAAACACAACCUCACCAAGACCAGGAUGAAUUCACUUCAGCUCAGCCCCUGCAGAAGAGAAGAAAGGCAGACUUGAUCGGCAAAGGCGGAGUUGAUGGCGUCGACCCCACAUAUGCCCGUCUGCGUGGAGUUUUCGAGAAAAGUCAAUUCCUCCUCGACGAAGAUGAUGAGCAAAAGUGUACUGUGUGCCACAGCGGCAUCGACCUAAAAAAGGGCUUAUUUGUCAUCUGCCACACCGAUCAUUGUCGAUCUAUAUCACAUGUAACGUGCUUGGCAGAAACAUCCCUGAAACAGCUGGGGUCAGCCUCACUUGUACCACGAACAGGAUAUUGUCCCUCGUGCAAGCUGGAACACUCGUGGCAGGACCUGAUGCAGCAGGUGACUCUGCGGAUGCGAGGUGUGAAAGAGAUCAAGAGACUGCUGGGCAAGAAGGGCAAAGGGACCGCUGCGACUGCGGCAGAGAUCCUGGAGGCUGAGAGUGAGGAGUCUGAGGCUGAAGAGGAAGUCCUUACCGCACAGGAAGUGGUUGAUGAGGAGCUGGGCGAUGACCAAGAUUGUGAUGAUGCAGCGUCGAUCGCCUCCACAGACUCAUACAUAAGCAGAGCGUCCGACUUUGAGGCUGGCGAGAAACCAGUGGUAAGCCAGCCAAGGUUAGAAAUCGUCAUCGAAGAUAGUGAAGAUGAAAGAUGACACAACUUCGAGCGGUUCUAUGCUGCAAGCAAAGGUCCGAGUCUCUGAAGGGGCCCUGGAGCACUGCCUUCCGCUAACUCUUUGACGCUUGCCGAAAUCUCGGAGGCCACUUCGUCCAUGGUUCGUCCAGCGUUCACUAUCCGGACCGGGACAUCGUCAAGUCUGG